GGUCCCUCAGUCGCUGAGUAACAUUUGCACUUAAAAACAUAAGUUUUAGGAAAAAACCCAAUGGAGAAGCGUUCCACGUCCACCAUGCAAGUGCUCUAUGCAGAGCUGGCAGCCGCAAAGGCUCGAAGUGCACAGCUUGAGGAGGAGAAUAUUCUACUGCGCCAUCGUCUGAAUCGCGCAUCUGCCAGCCACAGUAGUAAUGCUGCCGAAAAUGUGGAGGCCAAGAUUUUGGCCUUUCAAUUGGAGGAGGAGCGCGAUCGUCUGAUGGAGUUGGUGCAGCAGCACAAAAAGAAGUACAACAAACUGCAUGACGCCUAUCUGGAGAAGGUGAAGCGCUGUCGAGCCCUGGAGGAGAUGUUUAAGCGGCAGAAGACUCUUACAGGCUUGGUGAUGAAAUCCUCCCUGGAUCAGAGACAUGCAGAGCAACGAAUGAUGAUAGAGAAGCGACAGUCGGCCCAAAGUGAUCUCAAUGAAUUGCAAGAGCUAAAGGCCAAAGUCGAGAAGCUACAAAGAGCCCUAGACGAGUCAUAUGACAUUAUCGAUGAAAUGGAUUUUGAGCUAGAGAGCGUGGAUCUACUUGAAAUGCAAAACCAAACUUUACGGGAUGAGGUGGCUGCUUUGAAGGCGAAUUCAGAGGCUGGAGCAACCAGCUUUGCAGCUUCAGUUCCAAAUGAUGAUGAUCCUCCGCCCAAAUACGAGGAGGAUUAUCCUGGUGCUCAUCACAAAGCAAUGUUGGCUCGUCGAUCCUCUUCAAGCAGUGAAUCCGGCCCAAAGGACGACGAUGCCGAUGCAGAGACCAUGGAAAGAGCUGCUCUGACCCAUAGCCUUAUCCAAACUGUCGAAACGGAGAGUAAUUCCCUGAGACGAGAACUGCUGAGGUCCCGCUGCCAACGAACUAUACGUGGAAAGUUGGAAAAAGAAAGUGAGGAUGCUGAUUAGAAAAAGUUGCACGUUUCGCUUCAUAAAUUAGGUCCAGUCCAACCACAAAUAAAAUUACAACCAGUA